AUUGAAACAGUGCCAAACAGUGUCAGUCAGAACUUCUCGACGGAGGGAGUAUUUCUCACUGAACAUCAGACAAAACGAAAUGAUAUUCCAGUGAAAAAGAUCUUUCAUGUUUUCCCUCGAGUUCUGUUCUUGUUGUACGCAUCGGCGUGAAUCGCAGAUGUUUCCGGCCACUCAAUGAAUCCGAAUCGGCCAAAGUUUAGAUUGCCGCAGCUCUCGACUUCUCCAAAGUUUGCGAACAAUGUUUCCUUCAAAACGUCAAUGAAUUCGAACCUCAAAAUGCCUAGGAGAUCACUCCUUAAACCAACCCUAACCCUCGCCAUAAUCAUAUCCAUCUUUGCCCUAUACGCCUUCUUUAAUUCCUUCAUCUUCUCUAAGCCGCUGGCCGUCAACAAUGGAAUCGGCAAUUUGGGUUCAUCAAGCAAUGGGGAGUAUUUCGAGGCGGAACCACCCGUAUCGGUCAAGGUUUAUAUGUACGAUCUGCCAAGGGAGUUUACCUAUGGGGUGAUUGAGAGCUACAAUUUGGCCCGAGGAGGGGAGAAGCUAAAGGAAGACUCUUUGCUCAAGUACCCGGGUACUCAGCAUGCGGCCGAAUGGCACCUAUUCACAAGCCUAAUCAUCAGGGAUCGUAGCCGGAAGGGGUGGUCCGUCAUUCCUGUGUCUGAACCCGAUCAGGCCGACCUCUUCUAUGUGCCCUUUUUUUCUUCCUUGAGCCUUGUUGUUAAUCCUGUGAACCGGCCGCGCUCAGGGGAUGGGCCUGUGUAUAGUGAUGAGAAGAUGCAGGAUGCUUUGAUUGAGUACUUGGAACAACAAGAGUAUUGGAAUAGGAAUAAUGGCUGGGAUCAUGUAUUCAUAUGUCAGGAUCCGAAUGCCUUGUACAAAAUUGUGGAUAAGGUGAAGAACGGAGUGCUGUUGGUAUCAGAUUUUGGUAGGUUGGCUCAUGACCAGGCCUCACUAAUUAAGGAUGUCAUCUUGCCUUACACACAUCGUAUUAAUACAUAUAAGGGAGAUAUCGGGAUUCAAAACCGCAAGACACUGCUCUUCUUCAUGGGAAACCGGUACCGGAAAGAGGGAGGAAAAAUUCGCGAUUUGCUUUUUCAAGUUCUUGAGAGUGAAAAUGAUGUCAUUAUAAAACAUGGUACACAGUCUAGGGAGAGCCGUCGUGCAGCAUCCCAAGGAAUGCAUACAUCAAAAUUUUGUUUGCAUCCAGCUGGUGACACACCAUCUGCUUGCCGUCUGUUUGAUGCUAUAGUGAGCUUGUGCAUUCCUGUCAUUGUUAGUGACUAUAUUGAGUUGCCCUUUGAAGAUGUCAUAGACUAUAGAAAGAUCGCAAUUUUCGUGGAUUCAGGCACAUCAGUUAAGCAAGGGGCCUUGGUUGAAAUUCUUAGGGGACUGAGCAUGGAGAACAUUUUAGAAUUUCAAGGAGAGUUAAAAAAGGUUAAGCAUUAUUUUGAAUACGAGGACCCGAACGGAACAGUCAAAGAAAUAUGGCGACAAGUUUCAUCAAAGUUACAACACAUUAAAUUGAUGAUCAAUCGUGAUAAGCGACUCGUGAAGAGGGAGUUGAAUGAACGGCCGGAUUGCUCUUGCCUCUGCUCUAACCAGUCGAGGAUUCAUACAACAUUAUGACCCUGUUUGUUAUCUACAUUUUAUUCAUUGGUUCGUGUGGCUGUUAUACGUUGGUGGCUCAUUAGUCGGCAUAAGAUACCCAAACGUUGUAAUUGCCGAAAGGUAUAAAAAGUUAGGAGCAAUGUUAUGAUGUAUAUUCCCGGUCUGUGCAUUAUGUUACCGAGAGUGAUUGUAGUCUAUUGUAAUCGGCGGAAUGUAAUAUGUGCAGGAAAUUCAAUAAGGAAAAUAGCCCGGUCCGGGUCCGAUUCCGGGUUGGGCCCGACCAGGCUUGGAAUUUUUUGGGUAAGUCCCGGGACCGGCCCGGGAGUCUAGCGGUACCGGGCCAGGCUGAUUCCAGGC